AGUGGUGGGCGGUGCCGCAGUGGACGGGGCUACGGCGAGGCGAGGCCGGUGCGGAGCGGCAGCGUCGCGCUGGGGCAUGGCCGCGGAGGGGCUGCCGGUGCCCGCGUUGUUGCCGCCGUUUCCGCUGCUGCUGGUGGCCGCCGCCGCCGUCCUCUUCGGCUACUACUGGGCUCGGGUGCCGCGGCGGCCGCUCCUCGCCGCCGGCCCGCGGCUCCGCGCCUUCUUGCAGCGGCACUGCCCCGCCGUGGGCGAGACCUUCUGCCCCACGCCCUGGUGCUUCGAGGGCCGCCUGCAGACCGUGCUGGGAGCCCUGCUCCAGGCCCGCCCGCCUGUCUCCUACCGCAGCGAGGCCAUCCGCACCCCUGACGGAGGGCAGCUUAUCCUCGACUGGGCCGAGAACACCGACAGUCACCGGCACCCGGAUCCCCGUGCCCGCCCCACCGUCCUGCUGCUGCCGGGUCUCACUGGCAGCAGCCAGGCCGGUUACCUGCUCCGCCUUGCGCACCGGGCCAGCUGCGCCGGCUACAGGUCCGUCGUGCUCAACCACCGAGGCUGCCGGGGCGAGGAGCUGUUGACGCCCCGGACAUUCUGCGCCAGCAACACCGAAGACCUGGAGACAGCCAUUGCCCAUGUCAAGCGCCAGUACCCGUGUGCCCCAGUACUGGCUGUGGGCGUUUCCCUGGGCGGGAUGCAGGUGCUGAACUAUCUGGGGCGGAAGGGUCAGGCAGCAGGGCUAGUGGCAGCCAUGGCCCUGUCCCCAGUCUGGGACCCCAGCAUCUCAUCCACAUCACUGGAGCAGCCUCUGAAUUGCCUGCUCUUCAACCAGCGCCUUGCUGUCAGCCUCUGCCAGCUUGUCAGCAGGCACAGAGCGGCAAUCGGGGACAAAGUGGAUGUGGAGCACGUUCUAAAGGCACGAACCAUCCGAGAGUUCGAUGAGCGCUACACGGCUCAGGCCUUUGGCUACCGCUCCUGCCACGAGUACUACGAGGCGGCCAGCCCCAAGCGCCAGCUGCACCGCAUCCACGUGCCUGUGCUCUGCCUCAAUGCUUCAGAUGAUCCCUUCUCCCCACUGCAUGGUGAGUGGGGGGAACCGAGGGCCAGCCCUGACAGUGGGGUUGCCCCUGGCAAACUCCUUCUCACUAUGGUUGUCCAGCCAUCCCCGUGGAGACCGCCUGGCACCUGCCCUACGUGGCACUGUUGGUCACAGCCCAUGGGGGACAUAUUGGCUUCCUGGAAGGGCUUUGGCCCCGCCCUGGUAGUUUCAUGGAGCGACUCUUCUCCCAGUUCAUCACUGCUGUCUUUGAGCACGGGGACGAAGUACGGCAGCUGGAAGGGGAUGGGGAGGGCAUCAGGGAGAGGGUUGUCGAGCAGGGCACUACCUGACCCCCUAAUAAACUUGCACAGCUGCAGCCAUGUGUCCAUGGACUGGGCAGGGAAGGUGUGGCAGGCGGCUAGUGCAGAUUCCCAAGCCAGGAGCAGCUCCAGAGCCAGCAUCACUCUCUGUCAACACAGAUCAGACAGCGGUGCCUUUGCUCUCCAGUUUUAAUGGCAGCACGGAGACAGAGGGCUGUAGGACCACCUCCUCCGCGGGGCCAGCCCCGUACCACAAUGCAGCCAGCACAGUCCUGCCAGGCCAGGGCCCCUCGUCUGCUCCCCGAGCACCAGCGGGGACAGCAGGACUGGGGCUGGUCCCUUGUCUGCUUCACAGUCUGCUUAGGGUGGGCCGAGGUACAGCAGAGACUGGCCAGCUUCGGGGGAGGGGGGCGUGUCUGUCCUGGCGCUGGGGGGAGGCUGUAACCUACAGGAACCCUGGGAAGGCAAGCUGCAGCAGCAGGAUAGUGGCCACAAUGAGCCCCGCACAGAGCAGCAGCAGCAGCCAGACAGGGAGGGAGCCUGUGGAAGAGACAGAGGUGAAGAUGGGUGCUGCAGCCCCCGGGACCCCCAUGCAUGCUGGAGGAUGGGAAAAGGCAAAACCCUGCUCCGGAAUGCAGAGAAGUGGUAGGUACCCCAGCACCCACGGCAGCUCCCCAGGACCUACGUCGGCUGGGAAGCAGGUGCAGCUUGCAGCGGCUGUCCACAGCGACACUGAGCAGGGCAGCCUCAUUCCCUGCCAGCAGCUCCCGCCCACGCUGGCUCUCGGGGACAAAAGCCACAUCCGUCACCACAAUGCCAUGUGCCUCCUUCACGUAGUAUAGCCUCUGCAGGGUGGGAGAGGGGAGGAUUGGCCCAAGGUAGCCUGGCCACAGGAGCACACUGGGACUGCCACCUCACGUCUCCCUGCUCAACCUGGCUACCCCACAGCUUACCUGCAGCGAGAAGGCAAUGUGGAUGGCAACGGAUCCUGUCACUGUGCCCAGCCCCAGGAAGGUGCCUGAGUCACUGCAGGAGAAGAACAGUCAGUGGGACUUGUGCAGCCCUCAGUCCCAAACCUGCCUGGCCCCUGGGUACCUGAUAGAGAGGCAGGAGAUGACCUCACUGCCACAGGGUCGGGUCAGCAGUGGCAGGAAGCUCUUUCCAUCCCAUUUGGUCAGGUAGCAGGGUGGAGGGCGACGUUCUCGCUUGUGGGGCACCUGCACAGUGUAAAGCCGCAGCAGCCCAGCGUUGUCUUCCACAGUCCCAAACCUGCCCCAGGGAGAGCACACGGUGAAUCGCUCCCUACAGUCAGCACCACCAUGCCUCCUCCACCCAGGGUUGUGAGGGGGACAUCUGGUGCAUUGAGGGAAAGCCUGCCAGCACUGCAAUGAAAGCUCACCAGCACCCAGCACCUUCCACUUCCCACCUCACCUCUCCCAUGCUCAGACUUGAAGCCAGACCCAACCCCACUAAAGCAAACAGCAGAGUUGCUUUUUCCCCUAGCCCAGGGAACUGGGAGUAAGCUUGGUGUAGAGCAGCAGCUCUGUGGGGGUGUUCCGUUCCCAGCCCCCUGCCCUCACCGGCAGGCCUGGUAGCGGUAAGCUUUGUCAGGUAUGCUGGGCAGGUUCUCAUUCCAGCGCAGCCCUGUCACCAGCUGGUCCUGCUGCCACACACAGCACUGGAAGUCCCGUCCUGCUGUCACCACCUGCACAGAGAGGCCACAGGCACCCAGGGGAUGAUUCAUCACGUGGAACCAUCUGAUACCCUCAAUGUCAGGGGCCAGGGAGCCACCUGCCACUCACCUUGUUGUCAGGGCCCAGCGCAAUAUCUUCAAUCUCCCCAUCAUGGGCUUUGAACUCCAGUGUCUUCUUCAUGCUGGGGAACUGUAAGAGAACAGCAGGUGUCAGAGUGGUGCCCAUGGGCCAGAUCCCCACAGCAGCACCCAGAAUCACUCAGAGAAGGUGUAGGGAAGACAAAGCAUUACACAGCCACAGGUGCUGCCAAACUGACAACACUGUGACUUGGCAUUCCCUACCAGAUGCAUGGCACAAGCACGGCGAUGCCUGGCCUUAGCUCUCCCUGUACUUACCUCCCAGAGGCGAAGGAAGCCAUCAGCACCACCAGUGACAAGCAGAGAGCAGUCAGCAUUGAAGCGGACAGCCUUCUGCAGGGCGUCGGGGCUGAAAUCCGUACGGACGCUGUGCAGACUCUCCACUGUCACCUCGCUUGUCUGACUCUGUGUGUCACCCUGCCCCACCGGACUGGGACCCUUCCGCUUCCGUGGCCCCUUCUCCCCACUGCCUGUGGUGGGGCAGAUGACAUGGAGCCCUAGCACAGGUCCCUGCCACUAGGCAGGCUGAGACCAGUGGGGUGCUGCAGACCAUCUCUAGAGCACCCCACAGAUCACCCAGCUCCCCACAUCCUGCCCCACACUGCCCAGGGCAAGUGCUGUCAGGCCCCAGGCAAAGCGGGACCUCACCGUUCUGGCCGUCUGAGCUGCUCUUGGCCUCGGGUGCCUGCAGGCUGAAGCGGAGGAUGUGGCAGCUGGCAUCCUGCCCCGCGGCAAUGAUGUCGUCGUGGGCCAAUGCCAUGGUCAUGGUGGCGCGAGUCUCGGUGUCGUGAGAGUGGAGCAGGGAGGCACUGAGCUGCCCCCCGAUCUGCUCCAGAUGCAAAAAGUGCUGCAGGACAGCAGUCGGA